AUAUUUUAUAAGUUUCAACGGAACAACAAAUUACCAAGUUAUUUGAUUGGGUUUGAUUGUCAUUUAUUUUUAUGUAUUCAGUUUGACUUGAUGUUUAAUGUUGAGCGGAUUGGAUGAAUGUGUUAGUUUAGUUUUAGGUUUUCGAGUUGGUUUUUAUAGUUUCCUACCAAAGCAAAGCAAUCAUGAUCUUGGUUGAUGGGGUUCCAUCGUCUCAGGGAACUGAUACAUUGAUGGAACAUCCUCUGCUCUUGGCUGCCUCACUUUCCUUCAAAGCUAAGCAGGAGCACAACUUUUCGCAAUCAAAUUUACAAACAUCAAUGCGGAGUCGAUGGAUUUACAUCUUUCAACGGGAAUAUGCAACCGUGGACCCUCAACUUGUCGAUUGAAGUACAUAGGCACCGAUGAAGCAACAACUUGUGUGGGUCUUGUUAUCAGGAACCGGAAAAAUGGAAUGAUAUCAGUUGCCCACAUGGAUUCUCCAAAAGUUGUUGAACAUGGCCUUACUCAGAUGUUGUCAGCUCUUGUUAAUCACAAUGACGAUCAUACCGACCUUGAUGUGCAUCUUAUUGGUGGUUUUGAAGAUGUUUCAUCCCAACAUGCUAAUGGCACCUCUAACUCUAAAAACUAUGCAAAGUUGGGUGGUUAUUCAUUUCCUUUGUGUACCAAGAUAAUUGAAACUUUGGGUCGAAGACAAGAAAGAUUCCAUAUUCAAACGCUUUUCAUUCUCAGCCAUAAUACUAGGAGGGACUCUCAAGGAAAUGCAUAUCCAAUUAUCAACGGUUUCAUGGUUGAAACGUCCACUGGGUCUCUGAUACCAGCCAGGUUUGAUAGGACUACAAGAGGUCCAGAUGAAAUUGUCAGAAGAAUUCGAGUGUGUGCAUCUGGUGAAGAUCCUAGUUGGAAUGGCAAGUUGCUAGAGACUUAUGAUACUCGAGCUGAUCUGUUUGUCAUUGCUGCUAGUUCUUGGACCCUAUACCAAUUACAUGUGGCUCUGACCCUGCAGCAUCUUUCUGAUGCAGAGAUCCUCCUUUCAUGCUCUACCUCGCCUUCUGCUGAAGGUCCGGAUUUUGUGGAUAAUGAAAGAAGACAGUGGGAUUACCUGAUAAAACACCCGGACUGGCAAUAUACGUUUCCGAAGCGGCAGCCACGCAUUUUUGAAAGGAGUUGUGAUGGAGUAUGGAAGAGGCUGUUACCAUCAACACAGGAUGAACCUCUGUUUCAGAAUCCAUUGUUGAGAUACUGAAAGCUCAGCUCCAGCUAAACCAACCUACCUUUGUUUCUCCUUGUUGUGAUACCAAAUGCUACCCAUCUUAUUACUAUGUAAAACUCUCAUCUUCUUACUCAGUUUUAGAAUAGUUUGUUCAAAAGUUUCAAGUUUUAAAACGUUAUGUCCCUUGCUUGCCAAAAGCAAAGGCAUGAAAUACUAUUUCCUCCGUAUAGAAUUUGUUCACUUUCUCUAAUUA